AUGGAAGCGGAAGACCAGAAAAUCAAAGAUAAAUGGGUUACCGGCCUUGUAUUCCUUGGAUUACAAUCAUAUAAUCUUCUUGAAGGACUAGUAAUCGCGGAAUUGGUUAGUGAUAUUAAAGAUAGAGGCUUGCUGUACAGGGAUCCAGAACCUUUAUUCUCCACUCAUGAUAAGAUUAUUAAUGUUCUUGUAGAAGACUGUAAAGGGCAUGAAAAAGCUCUAGAAAUUCUUAAUGAUUGCUUGGCUAAAGUUGAUGAUUAUGGAGAGUUAAAAGUAUGUCCGGAUCCAGAAACAUCAUUGCAACCUCAUUCAUGA